AUGCCUCCGCGGCUACCUCGAAACUCUCUACAGCAAUUGUUUGCGCCGGUCACAACCUCCCAAUUAUGCAAUGCCUCCAGAAUCACCGUGACCACGGCCAUACGGUCCUUUGGCAUCAAGCCGAUGUAUCCCCCUAAAGUCAGCCAUAAACACCUCGACGCAGACGUACCGAUUCUUGCAUCGCAUCCAAUAGCAGCUCAUCUGCGAAAAGCUGCUACUUUGCCUCUUCGGACGGGAGCCCUCGCCAUCAAGAAGGGAAUGACAGCCAUCUACGAUCCGGAGACUGGCGUACGGACUCCCUGUACUGUUCUCCAAUUAGACGGUGCCCAAGUUAUUUCACACAAGACACUCGAGAAGAAUGGAUAUUGUGCUGUUCAAGUUGGGUCUGGGUUUAAAUCUGAAAAGAACGUGACAAGGCCGAUGUUGGGCCAUUUCAGUACAAAUGGUGUCUCGCCCAAACUAUAUAUACACGAGUUUAGAGUCAAGGACGAGACUGGGCUGCUACCAGUUGGGGAGGUUAUUAAUGCUGAUUGGUUUCAGGAGGGCCAAUAUGUCGAUGUUCGGUCCAACAGCCGUGGAAUGGGAUUUGCCGGUGCUAUGAAGAAAUGGGGAUUCCACGGUCAGGAUAGAAGUCACGGUGUCAGUUUGACACAUCGUUCUCUCGGUUCUACGGCUCCUUCUCAAGGCGGUGGUUCCAGAGUCUACCCCGGAAAAAAGAUGCCUGGCAGGAUGGGCAACCAUCAAGUAACGUUGCAGAGUUUGAAGGUGCUAAAGGUUGAUGCCGAAAAGGGCAUUGUUGUUGUCAAGGGGAGCGUUGCCGGUCCCAAGGGACGUUGCGUCAAGAUCCAAGAUGCAAUUAAGAAGCCAUGGCCAAAAAUCGAGGCUACAAAGCCUGCCCCGGUUGAGGAAUGA